UCCAAUGCAUCGUCGAAUGGAUGGACAAAACAAAUAAUAUCUCAGCCGGUACAAAUAGAAGAGAUCUCUUUAUCUUCUUUUAAGCUAGUAGUAUUUAUGUUUAUAUUUUCUGUGUAGUCUGUGUAGUUUAUAAAAAUCACACAUUAGAAAUAUAUUUUGUGAAUGCUAAUAAUAGCGAUGAAGGAAUAUCUCAGUUUUUAGAGAAAAGCAUUGAUUUGAGAAAUAUUUAUAUCUUUAUAGACUCUGCCGGAGAUCAGAAGCAAAAUUAUAUAUUAAUAUGGCACUGUACCUGAAACAGGACUUUUCACCGCCGAUUUUAUCACGGAGAUGGAUCGCUAUCAAAUUUAGACCGAACAUGCUAGUCCACAACAGGAGACACAUCGAGGCGAUCCUCGAAAGUGGCCUGUUGUUCAGAGAGGACAGUGUGUCAGUGGAACAGGAGACUCCGACGGGCGGAGAGGUGUGGCGCGCGGCGGGGGGCGCGCGCGGGGGCGCGCUCACGCGGGGGGAGGGGGCGCUCGCGGCCGUCGCUGUUGGCGUCGCGUUGGUGAUGUUUCCUCCUAGAGGCUUCCACCGCUCAUCGCUACUAAACAUACUAUGUUACACAUCGAUACCGUUACUGGUGCGCUCUGUACACCGCACGCUGAGCCGCGGCGCGCUCGCCAGCUUGUUGGCGAUCAUGCGCGACUAUCUCGCACUCGCGCGCCGGGCGGCCGCGUGCGUGAAAGAGUACGCUGCAUUGCACACUCAAUUGGGUUCAAUAACAUCUAGUAUAGAGUCGUGCCGCACGCUGUUGGUUCGGCAGCAGUCGUCGCUGUGUCUGUUGUUGUCGCGCGCGUCGUCCGCGACACUAGGCAACGCGCCGUGGAUGCGCGCGGACGUCGCUUGGGAUCAUGUCACUAGCGGAGAGGGAGAUCUCACUAAAAUCCACCACGCGUUCCUAGUCGUCCAAUCUACGUUUUUAAAACAUAUCGCGAUGGCUCACUACAUACCUCCUUCAUACGCUCAACGCAUAUACAAAAAUUACAACGAAAGAAUAUAUUGGUUACACAACGCUAUCAUACCACACGUUACCACGGAAUUCGUCGAAAAUUACGAAGCGUUAGACAGAAAGUAUAGGUUAUUAAAAAAUUUUGGCGCCAACGACUCUGACAAUUUAAAAAAGUUAGGGGCGGCCGCGAAAGACAUUUGGCUGUAUAGCGAUGUACAUGGCGGAAUAGCUAAAUCGUGUUUAGAACUCAAAUUGAAUUUAAACAAAUGCAAUACUUUAGACGUUUUUCUAGAUUCGUGCGCGUUACAAAAUCAAGAAUUAGAUUUAGAGAUAUUGAAUAAAGAUUUAGAUGAAAUCGUAGAUGGUGUUACGCGGUGUUUGACAGCGCUGCAAAAUUCGCAAAUUCGUUUGAUGAAAUUAAAAAGUAAAAUCAAGGCGCCUGUCGAGCCGGAGACGAGAUAUGUCGAAAGUGACGUUUCAGAAAAAGACAUUUUGAAAAUAGAAGACAAAGAACCCGUGGUGACAGAUGAGGUUUUCUUUUUCGUGAAAACUGAGGACGAUGAUAAGAUUGUGCAGACAGCCGAGGAUUCUGUUACGGGUCCCGGGAAGAAAGAGAGGAGGAACACGGAGAUUGUGCUGUCUGAAUUGAAAAGGAAGUUGGGGAAGCGGGAGGACGCUAUGCGAGAGAGGGAGAGGCAAGCUCUAGUCAAAACUAUGCCGGAACUCAAAGAUGUUCCGGAAUUUCCGCGGCAGAUAAAAUAUGAAGAAUUUUACGAAAGUAAGGGAUUUAUAGGUAAAUUUAAAAAGAAAUCGCGAAAGCUUAAGUUGUUUAAAAGUUAUAAGAUACAGCACUCGCGUACUAAUAAUAAAAAAUAUGAUUUUAAUAUUAAGAAAUAUGAAAAGGAAAAUGAUAUUCACGAGAUUUAUUAUGAAGCAAAUGAGAAACUCAAUGUCAAAAGUAGAUUAAUAACAUUAUCUUGUGACAACAAACGUCGUGUUGUGACAAAAUGGUGUAAAUUUUCAUAUGUAAAAAUGGCGGAAAAAAUCAAUAAUGUUGACAAUUUAUACAAUUCAAACGAGGAAUCGGAUUUCAGUGGCGACGUCUCUGCAAAUGUUAAAUCAAAUGUCGAAUCUAAAUUCAAAUUUUCGAAACGCGAUCUUGAACUGUCUCCGUCGACAUCGGAGAGCGAUUUUGAAAUAUCGAAAGAAAAGCAACUGGCACUUUUGAAAGACGCGCGUCGCCAUAGAGCUGUGAGGAGAAAAAAUCAUCCUGUCAACCGGGCAGUCAUAGACAAGGAUGUAGACGAGAGUUUGAAGCCCAUAGAGUAUAGUUUCGGGACAGGAAUGGCAAUGGCUUCUAUGCUGCAAGUUAAUUCUAAUGCUCGGAUGCCUCUAAUGGUUCAAGAAGAGGUAUUUAUCGGUGACGGAGAAGUGUCUAAUGACAGCGGCAAUGAUGAAGACGCUUGAAAAAUACUUCUAGAAUUCUGUUCUUAUCGAGUUAAUAUCUAGCUUGGAGCUAACCUAUUCUAACGCCCCACUCACUCCCGGCAAGAUGACGUUCAUUGAAAAUUGAACUUUAUGUCGUCCUCUGUAGACACAUUUUGCAUUGACAACAAAUUAGCGGCGACGCUGUCAGUUCUCGUCUUGACAACGUAAAGUAUGUCUACAGAGGACGAAUUAAAACUCAUGUUUCAAUGAACAUCGUCUGCCAGGUGAGAGACUUUUUAAUAAAAUUGUAUUUUGAUUGAUAAUUAAUUUCAUUAAUAUAUUUCUACAUUCAAUAAUGACUCUAUCAAUAAUCAUUUAAUUAUAAAACACAUAUACUCUAGUAUAAAAAAAUCAGGACACUGUCUCCUUUUGGCGGCAACACUGGGUGUUUAUCAACCAAUCUUGAACAUUCCAUUUGCUAUUGCAAUGGCAAAAAAAAAGCAGUUCGUUCAAAAUCCUUUUUCUACUAUAAAUAUACAUAUGGCUACAAAAAUAUUUAAUAUUAUCUCUAAUUAUUUAAACAAUUUAAUAUUGUUGAAAUAAUAUUAUUGAGUAUUCACUUUUUUCUAGAAGUUUAAAAAAAUCUCCUCUUAUAUAAAUGCUAUUAUUAAAUAUCGGAUUUUUCGAUGAUAAGUUCACUUCAAAUAUCUAUAACUAAUAUAUAUAAUAUGUCAGGAUGACAAAAUUUUAUUCGAAGUCCCUUAUAUUAUUAGAAACACAAUACAUUCACGAUAGAGUAAUAUUUUAGCGAAAAAAAAAUCUUUGCUCGACAGCUACCUCAAAUAUUACGUUUAUGGUGACGACUUCUUAACAAAAGUACUUUCAAAAUUAAAGUUUUUUAUGAUGUUUAGUUAUAUAGGUUUUUUUUUUCAAAUGUACGUUCCAACUGUCAGCACCUUUCUAACGGAUGAGAGAGAGGAUGACAACAACUUUUAGUUUUUAUUAUUUGUCUAAUGCAAUAUUUGCUAUUCUCCAUCCAGUUUUGGAGUCAAAAAGCAUUAGCAAUAGUAAAAAAUAGUAAAUCUCGUAAUUACGUAAUAAAAUAGGUCAGAGAAUUGUAAAAAUAUGUAUAAUCUAGAUAAAAUAGUUAUAUUUAGGAUCAUUGUGAUACGCAGAUUCAAACUUGGAAAGUCCAUUUUAAAUAAUAACGAAACUAUCUAUACAAAUAAACUCAGCCAUGGUAAGAAACUAAAAUUUUGAUUUUAAUUAAUUAGUCAUCACACGUAAUAUUUAAUGUAGCUGUCGAACAAACAUAUCUUUCUUCGCGAACGUUUUCGCACGUUGUGACGUCACUUGUUCGUGUCACUCAGCACGGAGCGUUUGGACGAGUCCGAAAAUGCGUGAUUUUGUUUUUGUCAUAUCUUUGAAAGCAUUGUCAUUAUCACAGUAAUUUUUUCACUGGUGUUUCUAAUGAUACAAGGGCCAUUGUAGAAGACAGCGUCAGCUGGUUCAAAUUAUAUUUCAGCAGAUUUAGCAACCUUUAUUUUUCCAAUAGUUUAUUUUGAACGACACAGUCAAUACAGUUUUUUCUUUAAAAAACCUCAAAACCUUUUGACGUUUUAAGUCAUUGUGGCCAUCGCCAACAGCCUGCUUGCCUGCAGCCUUGAUUAGUCAUCACAUCAAGCGAAAAACAGCAGCCUAUUAUUGUACUUAUUUGAUGAUUUCUAUUCAGAUUCAUUUAUUGCAAUGUCGCAAGUGGAAAUGUUAGAUGUUACAUAGAUAAUAAGUAUGUACAGGUGGUAAUAUAUAUAUAUUUUAUACCCAAAAGUAAGCUAAUUAGGUAUAUCAAAUCCUGAGAACAAAUUUUAUUUAUAUUGUCAACUUUCUAGUUCAAAUUCAAAUCAUUUAUUCAGAAAUCAGACCUUCACAGGCACUUUUUCUCGUGAAUUUUUAUUUUUAUAGUUAUUUCUCACAAGCUACAAACUACUGGCAUUUCGGAACGACCACUGCUGAGAAGAAAUGCCGAAAGAAACUCUGUAUAAUAAGAAUAAUGAUACAAUAAAUAAAUUUGACAAGUGA